AUGAAAGUCAACAUCCUCGUCCUCCUUACCGCCGCCCUCCCAACUCUAGCAGCCAACAAAACCACCAUAUUUACUCUCCCAGGCCCCAUCAAACCCGCCUCAUGGUUUGAGAACCUCACGGUUCGUCCCAACGGCAAGAUCCUUGCUACGCGCGGCGACGCCCCUGAGAUCUGGCAGAUCGACCCGGCCAAUUCGGGCUCAGGCUCCCUACUUGUUACCGUACCGGAGGCAUACAAUUUGACAGGGAUCGCGCAGGUUAAGCCGAGGAGACGCGGUAAUGGAGGCCACAGUAACCAGCAGCACGAGGAGGAGGUUUAUGUAUUUGGCAGCUCUCACAUCCCCGCGCCGUUUCAGGUCGCGCCUGGGAGCGCGAAGGUCUGGUUAUUAAAUAUUUCCGCGUCUGGGACGCCGACUGUGUCACUGCUUGCGGCGAUGCCGCAGGCGGGGUUUAUUAAUGGCAUUGCUGCUUGGGAUGCGGGGAGGGUUCUGCUGAGCGACACGGAAGCCGAGGCGGUCUACCUCAUGAACGUCGACACCGGCUCCUAUUCGACUGCGAUCACGGGCUUGGCAGGUAUAAACGGUAUUCAGACGCGAAAGGGUUCGUUUGGCGAAGGGCAUGCUGGACAUCGGUAUAUCUACAGGGCAGAUCACCUCCAAGGCCGGCUCACCCGCAUUCCUGUUACUUCCAACGCUGUUGCUCUCGGACCAGAGGAGGUUCUUGCUUCAGGGACGAGCAUCGAUGACUUUGCGAUUAAGGUUAACGGCAACGGUAAGGGAAAGGCGUAUAUUGCAGCGAUGUAUGACAAUAAGAUACUGGAGGUUGAUGUCCCAUCCGUUGUUGGACCAACUGGAGAGGCUAUGACGCCGACAGUAUUGGCUGAUGAUUUGUCUGGGACUGGGACGGGGCUGGUGACGGUGGUUGCGUUUGGGAGGAGGGCCGUUGAUGGGAUGUGCUGUAUGCGGCGGUUGGGCAGGGAGGGGUGA